AACAUUCACCUCCUCUGUCCCUCUCUCUCUCUCCCUCUCCACCUCCACAGUCUCAUAGAAAAUUAAUCAGCAUACACACACACACAAACACAAGCGCACACCCCUCUCUGGUGGGCUGGUCUGUCUGUCAUCAGCCCUUCCUGCUAAUUGGCUGCAGCUGUAGCCUGCGUUGCCAUGACGUCACGCUGAUCGAUCCUCGUCCCAGUGCAGUGGGAAAGCACAGAGACAGAAAAAGACAGCGGAGUGAAACAGGCUGGCAGAGAGAGGGGAAGGUGGGAGGGAACGGGGAGGAGAGGAGAGCGAGCGAGAGAGAGAGAGGGCAGAGUGAAACCACACCGAUAUUCCAGGGAGGGCGGGACACAGACACAGGGACACACAAGCAGCCACUACCGGAAUAGUCACUGUGCAGGAGAGUGCUGGGCAAAUAUUUUGUGUGAGGGUUGUCAGCAUGGGUUGUAACUUGGCUCGCACCUUCACGUUAUUCUCUCCACCAGCAUAUAAUUAAUGUCAUUCACCGCUGGGCAGGCUCGGCACACUGCACUGUCAUAAGGCUCCUUGGAGAUAGAGGAAUGCAAAUCUGCAACCAUGAUGGAAGGAUUGAAAAAACGUACCAGGAAGGCCUUCGGGAUACGGAAGAAAGAGAAGGACAAUGACUCCACGGGGUCCCCAGACAGAGACGGGGGUUCUCAGAAGAAGACCAACGGGGCCCCAAAUGGCUUUUACGGAGAUAUCGACUGGGACAGAUAUAACUCUCCUGAGGUGGAUGAUGAGGGCUACAGCAUCAGACCUGAUGAGGAGUCAGAAGAGGGAGCUACCACCAAGAAGGCCCACUUCUUCUCCUCUGAUGAGUCAGAAGAAGAGGAGGACCACAGGAAAAAAUUCAAAAUCAAGAUCAAGCCGCUGCUGGCUGAUCGUGUCGUGUCGGCACCCUCGGUCGACGAGCUCAAAGCCUCCAUAGGCAACAUCGCUCUGUCCCCAUCUCCUCUGAGACGUAGCCCGGGCUUGAAAAGGAAUACAUCCAGUGAGGAGAUUGCCAGACCAAGACGUGUCGUCCCUACUGUCCCCACUGUGGCCCCCACACCAGCUCCAGCACCACAACCCCCCAGCAGUCAACAAACACCAGUCCCUGAAGACACCACAGCCUUAUUUGGGCCUCCUUUGGAAACAGCCUUUGGAGAACAGAAAACUGAAGUGGUUCUGUCUGAGUCCGAUGCUUGGGGUGCUCCUCUGUCAGAGCCAGAAUCCUCUUUGACAAGGUCCUUCCCAACAGGAACUCCACCUCCACUUCCACCCAAGAAUGUCCCAACCACUCCCCCGACGACUGGCUCUCCUUCUGCAGAUGAAGCUGCCUCAGAUUGGUCGCUGGUUAUCUGUGUUUCAAAAGUGUCAACAGAGGCAGAUGGCAGGAAGCCCUCAAUAGCAGACUUGGACAACAUUUUUGGACCAGAGCAGGCUCCCUCUGCUGGCGAGGAUACAGGUGACACGUGGGUCUGCUUUAGUGAAGGAUCUCCCACCCGACCGCCUCUACCAAAGGACCCUGCACCACCGCUCCCCUCGUCCCCGCCUCCUCCAGAGGAACCAGCACCUCCGUUACCAGCCUCCCCGCCCCCACCUGAAUCUCCUGCCCCACCCUUACCUACAUCACCACCUCCUCAAGAGGACUCUGCGCCACCUCUCCUUACUUCCCCUCCCCCAAAACAAGACCCUGCUCCCCCUCUACCAACCUCCCCACCUCCCUCAGAGGAACCUGCUGCACCUCCUGUCCGUUCAGGUCUUGCCACACCUGAAGAUCGAAAUCCUGUCGCACUCGUCACCUCUCCUCCCCCUGCACCACCAAAGGAGCUUGCGUCUCCCCCGGCUUCCUCUCCCCCUCCUCUCGAAUCACCUGCCGGUGUCCCACCGGCUUCUGCUCCUAAAGCAGGCACCCCUCCAGCAGUGACUCCUCCUUCUGAGGAACCUGUGACACAGUCCGUCCCACCACCCCUUGUCCUGUCUCAAGAGGAGCAGCCCAAGAACACAGACGCAAACCAACCCAAAGAGGACGAAGGUGAAACUGUCAGUUCACCCAAAGAUGCUAGCCAGGGGAGCCGGAGUACACCUCCCCCACCUCCUCCCCCCACAUACCGGGCAGUGGUGUCAUCACCAGGUCCCACAUCUGGAGCUGGUGGCACGGAUAGUGGUUCCUCCUCGCCAGUGCGACCUUCCACUCCUUCGUCAGUCAACCCCACCCCACCACCACCUCCACCUCGCCCCCCUUCACGACCCAAGCUUCCUCCUGGGAAACCCACUGUAGGAGAUGUGAAUCGCCCAUUCAGCCCACCGGUCCACUCGGCCAGUCCCCCUCCCAUCGCCCCAUUGGCGCGGGCUGAGAGCACCUCGUCCAUCUCGUCCACCAACUCGCUGAGCGCCGCCACCACCCCCACUGUCGGCAAAGAGCUCUCCGUGUCUGUGUCAGAGAAUGACCAGCCAUCCCUUGUAUGGUUUGACAGAGGGAAGUUUUAUUUAACCUUUGAAGGCUGUUCAAGAGGGCCCAGUCCUCUUACCAUGGGGGCACAGGACACUCUUCCAGUGGCUGCUGCAUUCACAGAGACAGUCAACGCCUUCUUUAAAGGAGCUGACCCCAGCAAGUGUGUUGUGAAGAUCAUAGGUGAGAUGGUUUUGUCGUUUCCGGCGGGAAUCACACGGCACUUUGCCAAUAACCCGUCCCCCGCCGUGCUAACCUUCAGCAUAACCAACUACAGCCGACUGGAGCAUGUGCUGCCUAACCCCCAGCUCCUCUGCUGUGACACCACCACACAAGCCAAGGCCGAUGCCAAGGACUUCUGGGUGAACAUGCCAAACCUGAUAUCCCAUUUAAAGAAGGUGGCAGAGCAGAAGCCACAGGCAACAUACUACAAUGUGGACAUGCUCAAGUAUCAGGUAUCGGUGCAGGGCCUCCAGUCCACUCCUCUGAACCUGGCAGUGAGCUGGAGAUGUGAGCCCACCAGCACUGACCUGAGGAUAGACUACAAAUACAACGGGGAGGCCAUGUCAACGCCAAUGGCCCUAAACAACGUCCAGUUCCUCGUCCCUGUUGAUGGAGGAGUCUCAAAACUACAGGCUGUCUUACCUCCUGCUGCUUGGAAUGCAGAGCAGCAACGAAUCCUAUGGAAGAUUCCUGAUAUCUCCCAGAAGUCUGAAAAUGGAGGUGUGGGAUCAUUGUUAGCACGUUUCCAGCUAACAGAGGGUCCCAGUAAACCGGCUCCACUUGCGGUGCAGUUCACCAGUGAGGGCAGCACCCUGUCAGGCUGUGACAUUGAACUAGCCGGGCCGGGAUACCGCUUCUCUCUCAUCAAGAAGAGGUUUGCCGCAGGAAAAUACCUGGCCGACAACUAACCCGUGCUUCUGAGAACAGCACUGUUGAACAAAACAAUAGCAGUGAACUGAGGUUGACACCGAGGACAGAGGACAGACCAACACCAGACAGGCUCUCCAUGGACCUUUUCUGAACCCACACGACUGGUCCGCAGCCUACCCACCAGUAUUGUAUAACUCGCAUAUAGCAUCGUGGAACUGUUUUAGGUCAUGUAAUUAUUGUAUUUGUAUUCAUUUCAUAACAUCUGUGUUGCUGCAGUUAGACACCUGGGUUCUCCCCCUCCUCUAAAGUCUGUGCCUCUGUCUCCAUCCUCCUCUGGUCAAUGUUUGGUAGUGUUUUUAAAAAGUUUCACUGCAGCUGCCUGACCGAAGACAUGGACGGAAAGAGUUUCGGCGAGAUUGUAACGCUGGAUGACAUUUGCUGUCCCCCAGUCCAGAAAAUUUUGGCAGUAAAAAUACCAUUUACUGCCAAUACCAUUGAGUAAGAUCUUUGUGGUCAGACCUGCACCUCAAGCUCUUACACAUCCAAAGUUAGACUAAGUAAAGCUAAAGCAGGGCCCAGGACAAUGCAUCGUAAGUAAUACACCUUCAUUAGCACAUAAGAAAAUCACAGCUCUAUAAAUAAUCUGUUAGGAUGUGGGCUCGAAGCCAGAGACGGCUGUCCUCAGUGUGUCGCUCUGACAGCGGCCAUUUGAAUGCAUUUACUGAUGCAGUGAGACACAAGUUGUCACAAACAUUUAGAUGAACAAUAAGUGUUUCUCACUGGUGCUUGUGUGCGAUUGGAUGAAACACAAGAUCAAGUGUGUACAAGAGAAAAAAAAAAAUUUCAUGCAUCGCCUACUGGUACUACAGGGUCACAUGACUUUGAAUCACAUCCUUUUUAAUAUAAAUGCACUGAUCAGUCAAUCAAACUGUUAUUUUAUUUCUCUGGAAUAUAUACACAUGGUGAGGGGUUUUUAGCAAGUUAGGCAGCUGCAAUGAUAAAUCAGUGUACUGGUUGCAAAAUAAGAAAAAUAUGGUUUUUUUUCCCCAUCAGAACAAAAGAAGUGUACAAAGUGUCAUUUUAAAUCAAUAAUAUAUAUCUUAAAGGGCGUUUGGUGUUUUCCUCGUAUUGUCAGAUAGCCUUUCUGUUGUUCCCAGGACAGCAGUGUUAGACUCCAGAGUACAUGACAGCAUUCUAUUUUUAUUUAUUGAUGACAAUGAUUUGUUGUAUAAAAUGUGAUUCUGUAUAUGAAUAGAAUUUGGAUGGUAUCACACAACUCAGAACCCUUAAAAGGUAUAAAUAUUUGAAUUCUCUCUUUUCUUUUUUGUUAUCUGUGUAGUUGGGUAACCUGUGUACAGUAUAAGGUAUAAUUUUUGAAUUUAUUUCAGAUAUAAUUUUUUAACUCAAGUGCAACAGAUGAUUUGAGCUAUAUAUGGGUGUGGGGGUAAUUUAAAGAAAAGAAGAUAAAUAUCUUCCUGGAUGCUGUGUUAUGCUUUGUGAAAGCAGUGUUAAUGUAGAGUUAGCUAUAUACCAUGGGCAGGGUCCACAUUGUAAAGAAUCUGACAUUUUGGGAAAUAAACUUAUUUGUGUUCUUGCCGAGAGAGAGAUGAGAAGAUCAGUACCACUCCUCGAAUGUCUGUAUGUUAAAUCAGAAGCUGGAGCCAGGAGAUGUUAGCUUAGCUUAGCUUAGCAUAAAAACUGGAAACAGUCUCUGUCCAAAGGUAACAAAAUCCACCCAUCAGCGCCUCUGACACUCACUAAUUAAAAUAAUAUGUCCCAGUUGUUUAAUCUGUAUAAAGAAGUGUAUAAACAACAAGUUUUUGGGGCAACGUAACUUUCAGCCUUAGAGGUACCAGUAGGUAGGUAUUUUUAACUUUGAUAGUAAUGUUGGUCAGUUGGUCCACCAUUUUGGUGCAGACUUAAAUAUUACCAGAACUACUGAAUGGAUUGAUGAAAUAAAAUAUCUUUCAGCAGCUAUACUUCACUUAGAGCUGAUUAACUUGUUAACACACUAAACUAAUAUUAUUAAUUUGCAUUUUACCUGCUAAAUAUCUGCAUGUUAGCAUUGUCAUCAUGAGCACGUUAGCAUGCUGCAGACUCUAUAGUCUUGUUGACCACUGGACAGACCCACGCUAGCUGUUUCCCCUGCAUCUAGUCUUUAUGCUCUAAGCUAAGCUAAGAUAAGCAAGCCGGUUGCUAACUGUUGCUUCAGAUUUAAAAGUCGGACAUAAGAUUGAUAUCCAUCUUCACAUCUAAUUCCUGAUCGUAAAGCAAACAAGCAUAUUUCCCAAAAUGCUGUCCGGUUCCCUCGAAUAACAACAAGACAAUGACGACAAAAACAAUCAGUUUUUCUCAGCAACAUUGACGAAGUUUGGUGACCAUGGUGCCACUACUGGAACAGGAUUUGUUUACUGGGACCAGCUUGUUUUUUUUGUUUUUUUAAAAUUCAAACCUCAUUGUAAUGAAACAAACAUUCUCAGUUCCUACAUCUACCUACUCAGUUAUCACCUCAGCUUCAACCAUGUGUCAGCAGUUAAGCUUCUCACCUGUUUCCAUUCACCUCAGUGGUACCUAAACUCCCUGAUUAUAUCAUGAGCACAUCCCCAGUCAUCCAACCAGCGCUCAAAUCCAUGGCUUUAUUUUGCAUAAUCGUAAUGGUCUCUGUGAGAUGACAUGGGCUGAAUGAGAUUGUGGAGCAAGGUUAAGUCGACCAAAAUGCUUUCUUUGUUUGUUUGUUUUCUUUUUUGUAUUUUAUGUGAGUCAGUCCUCUGUUAAGGAGAAUAAGCUGAAUAUUUUUAAAACUGAUAAAAAUGAAAAAAUAUUAUAUUGUUUAAUGUGAAAAAAACACUGUGCUGAUGAUGUUGAACUUCCUGAAUGCUCUGACACUCAACAUGAAGAACAAAAAGUGUGUGUGGAGAAGUGUAGCCGAAGAUCUUUGUACUGUACUGUAUGUCGGCAUUCUGCUAAAUGCAACCAAUCAUAGUCCUUUCUGAGCUGUCGCAGAAACUUCUUAGUCUGGAUUUAGGACAAGAGGACUAUUAAUCUCACAUCAACAGUCCUAGUGAUGUAGUACUUUUGAUUGGAUGCAGUGACCUAGUAUACUGAAAAAAAAAAAAAAAAAAAAAAGAUCUGGUCCAUGCAGUUAAAAUUAAAAACCUGUUCCUGACCAGAUUUUUAAUUUUUUGUUUGUAGACCCAGUAUAAGAGAACACUGAAGUUGCAAGUAAGGUGAUGAUGAUUGGUGCCAUUUAGCUCCUGGUAAUACAUUAGCGUGGUAAUAUUUUCUCUCAGUCAUGUCAGUCUUUCAUCUAUUUGACUGGAGGAAUUUACAUACCUGAGAGAGAGCUGUUACAUUCUGGGUGAAUCUUGAAGCUAUCAGUGCAACAGUCACUACAGCAUUAUCUACAGAGGCCCACCAUACACAUCCCCCAUCAUUUAUCUGUUUUAAAUUUCCACUACACUACAUCUCACAGGUCUUUCAGCUUGAAAGGCAAAAGAAAACUCUCUUUGUCUGCUGGUUGCUAGAUUCUUCUUUAUAUCUUCUGAUAAAAAAAUGGAUCAAAUCUUGUUUUUCCCAGAUCUUCAUCUCCAUGGUGAACUUGUCCUGCAGUAAUUCAUUAUUGCAUGCAGAGCAUGCAGUAAAAGGUGGGGCAUCUAUGAUGAUAGAUAGUACUGAAAUGACGUGUUGUACUGAGUGUCAGUUACCUGUAUCAAUGUUGAGAAGAAAGCAGGGAGUGUGUUUAUGUGUGUGCUAUAAGCCAGAAUGCUUUUUGGUUCUGUACCGUUAACCUCAAACACAUGUGCAAGCUGUUUGUACAGUACAUAACAACGCUAAGAUGAACUGAGAAACUUAGUUUGCUUCUUUCCAAAACCAAUAAAAGUUAUAAAUGGA